AUCCACAGCUCCAUAGCAGCUUCUCCUGCAGCCGCAGCCGCAGCGCAUGCGCGGCGGGCCGCCCUCGCCGCCACCGGCUGCCGCCGCCGCCGCCGCCGCGGAGGGCCCCCUGGGUGCCGCCACUGCCGCGGCCUACGCCGCACACACGGCGGCGGCGGAGGCGGCAUCAGCCACCGAGCUGCACCGGGCCGUGCUGCAGCCGCCUGCGGGAAGCGGCGACGUUAGAGACUUCAAUAGCGACGACAGAGCUAGCGACAGGGCUGUGGGUGCGCCUCAGCAGCAAUCUUCUUCGCAGCAGUCUGACCCGGCGGGUCGGGUUGCAGAGGCGGCCGGUCCCGCCGCCGCAGCGGCCGAGGAGGCGGCAGGCACACACCUGCUGAUGGAGCAACCCCGCGGCCCGGACACUGCUGCUGACGCGGGUGCUACUGCCGCUACUGCUGCUACUGCCGCUACUGCCGGUGGGGCACAGCAGCCUCAGCUACAGCCGGAGCCUCAGCUACAGCCGCCGCAGCAGCUACAGCCGGUAACGCACGUGCUACUGCCGCUGCACUCGCCCGAGGUGUCGGCGCACCAGUUGGCGGCGCCGCCGCCAGGGGUGCCUGUUGUGCGGCCGCGGCCGGAGAGCCUUGGCGCCGAGUCUCUGACCUCCCUGGAGCAACAGGAGCAGAAACAGCAGGAGCAGCAGCAGGAGCAGCAGGAGCAAGAGGAGGGCAGCACGUUCUCAUCGCCCACAGCUGCUGUUUGGGCACGAGGCAGCAGAAGCGGCAGCGGCGGCGGCGGCGGCGGCAGCUCUGUCCCGUCAUCGCCACAGCUGCGAACCUCGGCGGGCAGCAUGAGCCUCGCCAGCAGCGACGGCGGCGGCGGCGGCGGCGGCGGCGGGUCUGUGGAUCGGCCUCUAUCGCGGCCGCCAGUGACGCGAGCCGCCGUGGACCGACUGGCAGAGGCGGCGGAGCCGGCGCUGUUGGCGGCGCGGCCGCACCCACACCUGCCGCCCGCCAUUGCCAUCUCCCGCGGCGCCGCCGCCACUUCCGCCACUUCCGCCACGUCGGCAUUGCACCACCUCCACGAUGGUGCCGGCGUCCACAAGCACCAGCAGCAGCACCAGCACCAGCACCACCCUGCAGACGUUCACCACCACCCGCCACUCCACUCGCAGCGCGAUGGCAGCCAGACCACCCCCACCGCCCAAGCCGCGCGCGCCGACGGCAGCAGUGGCGGCUGCAGCGGCAGCGGCAGCGGCAGCGGCAUCAGCGGCGCCCAACUCACCCGCCAUUCCGCAUCCACCUCCGGCGUCCCCGCCACCUCCGUCAGUGGCCUGGUCACCCGCGCCGUGGCGGCGGCCGCCGCCGUCUGGCGCCUCGUCCGGACGCGGCCUCUGGCGGCGGCUGCGGCGGCUGCGGCGGCGGCUGCGGCCCUGGCGGCGGCGCCGCUGCUGGCGGCAUGGCUGGCCUUCGAGCUGAUGCUGCUGCCGCUGGUGGCGGUGCCGGCGGCUGCCCUCAGCUUCGCCGCCGCCUUCGCGACCUCAGCGGUGGUGGCGGGAUACUACCGGCUGUCGACGGCGGCGGCGGAGCGGCGGCACGCGAUACUGGGCCUGCUCUACUCUGCCGGCACACAGCUGCCCGCCUCCGCCCCCGCCGCCCUGCCACCCACCGCAACCGCCACCGCUACUGCCACCGCCUCCCCCACCCCCACCCCCACCCCCACCCCCGCUGGCCCAGCCGCUCCUGCUACUGCCGCUACCACAGCCGCAGCAGCGGCUGCAGCCGUCACCGCCGCCGUUCCCACGCCUGCUACAGCCACCCUCAGCCUUGUCGACGACGCGGGGGUUGUAGCACUGCGGGCGCUGCUGGGCGGGCUACUGCCGGGGUGGCUGGCAGACAGCCGCAGCGGCGAGCAGGCGGGGUGGGCCAAUGUGCUGCUGGCGGCGGCGUGGCGGGCGCUGGAGGCACCGCUGAGGGACGUGAUCGGCCCCGCGCUCCGCGCUCAGGCGGAUGCGGCCAAGCCGCCCUUCAUCCGCAAAGUGGAGCUGGCAGACCUGUCACUGGGCGACACGCCGCCGCGACUGGAGGCGGUGCGGGUGCGGCCGCUGGCGAGCAGUGAGGCGGUGGCGGAGGCGGUGACGGCGGUGGCGGAGGCGGCGAGGCAGCAGCAGCAGCAGGAGCAAGGCACAGGCGCCGCUGCCCCCGCGACCUCAGGGGUGGCAGGUCCAGCAGGAGCAGUGGCAGUAGCAGCAGGCGGCAACGGGGCCGGCGGCGUGGUGUUGACGGGGGUGACGGAGGCGGCUGUGGCGGCGGUGGCGACGGAGGUGGCAAUGCGGGAGCAGUUGGCGGCGGCGGAGCUGGCGGGCGCGGCUACUGCUACUGCUACUGCCGGCGCUGACCCUGCAGCUACUGCUACUGCCGCCGCUGACCCUUCUGCUACUGCCGGCGCUGCCAAAGAUGCCCCUGCUACAAGUGGCGGUGCGUCUUCUGGCGCCACACAGCCUGCUACUGCCGCUGCUACUGCCGCGACCCCAGCCACUGCCCCAGCCUCCGCUACAGCCGCAGCCGGAGGCGGCGGCAGCGGCGGCGGCGGCAGUAGCAGUAGCGGCGGCGGCAGUAGCGCUACGAUUUCGGGUGUGGAGGCGGUGGAGGUGGAGCUGGACUUCGAGUGGCGGGGUCGACCUACCGUGGGAUUACUGGUGGAGGCCUACCUGUCCCCGGGGGGCGGCACGGUGCGUCUGGCCCCCCGGCUGCGGCAGCUGGCAGUAGCAGGCACGCUGCGGCUGCUGCUGACGCCGCUACUGCCGCACCCGCCCGGGUUCGGGGCGGUGCAGAUCUGCUUGCCGAGGGCGCCGCAGCUGGCGUUUUCCUUCGACCUGGGUGAGGGCGGUCUGGGCGGCGCGGCGGGCGGCGCGCUGGCGGGCCCGCUGGGCGGCUUCCUGCAGCCCCUGGUGCAGGACGUGGUGGCGGGGGCGCUGGUGUGGCCUCAGCGGCUGGUGGUGCCUGUGCUGCCCGAGUCGCUCACCGGCGGCCCCCUGGCGCCACUGCUGCAGCUGCGCACGCGGGGGCUGGUGGCGGUGCAGGUGCUGGCGCUAAGGCUGGGCGGCGGCGGGGGAGGCGGCGGCGGCGCUGCUGCUGCUGCUGCGGCGGGUGGUGGAGGUGAUGAGACCGGACUCAAGGACGGCGCAGAGGUGCAGGUGGACGUGUUCACCCGACCUGCCAGCCGCCGCACCACGCCCUCGGCCCGCUGCAGCCGCCGGCCCCUCGACGCCCCCGCCACUGCCACUGCUACUGCCGCCACCACUGCUACUGCCGCCACCACUGAUGAGCUCAGCUGCAGCUGGGAAGCCGCUACUACUACUGGCGGCAGCGACAGCAGUAGCACCACGGCCGCCGCCACCAACAGGGCAGCGGCUGCUGCUACUGCCGAGCCGCCUGCUACUGCCGGCGGGUCUGCUGCUACAGCCCUGCACGUGCCGCUGCGGGAGCCGCGCAGUGACACGCUGCGGCUGCAGCUGCAGGAGGUGCAGCGGGGGAAGCUGGGGGAGCUGCUGCAGCCCAAUCUGGUCAAGGGCAUCCAGUCGGCCUGGGCCACACGGCGGCUGGUCAGCCAGGUGUCCGUGCCGCUUGCGCCGCUGUGUGCGGCUCCGGGGGUGGCGGUGGCGGCGUGGCUGCCGCUGCAGCCGGCGGCACGGGGCGGAGGCGACGACGACCCACUACUGCAGCUUUCCGGCACCGAGGGCGGCGGUGUGGAGGGAGCCUCCGACCCCACCACCCAGUGGCAACACCUACACCACGCAGCACUCACACAGAACACCUCCUCUUCCUCCGGUGGUGGUGCUGCCGGCCGUGGCGGCGGCGGCGCCGCCGGUACUGCGGCGGCGGCGGCGGCUGCGCGUUCGCAGCUAGAGGCGGCGCUGGCGGCGGCGCGGCGCGGUCCGGCGGCGGGCGCCGUACAUGGCGGGCGGGUGGCGGGCGCGGUGCAGGAGCCGGAGGCGGCGGCGCGGCGGGAGGAGUGGGCGGGACAGCCGCUGGUGUGGGCGGCGGCGCCGGCGCCGGGUGCGGCAGCAGUGGCUACUGGCGGCAGUGCCCCAGGGACGACCUCCGGCGACUCAUCUCCCCUCCCGCCGCCACCGCCGCCGCCGCCAGCCGCCACCGCCCCGGGCGGCUCCGUGCUUGUACGGCUGGUGUACCUCAGUGAGGAGGUGCUGGCGGCGCGGCUGGCGGCGUACGUACGGCAGGCGGUACAGCUGCCGGACCCGGGCGCCGCCGCCGCCGCGCUGUGCCGCCUGCGGGGGGUGCUGCUGGUGGACGUGUUGGAGGCGCGGGCGCUACUGGGGCUGAGGCCCGCCGGCGGCGGGGGGGCAGCAGGGGGCAGCAGGCGGGGCACGGAGGAGAGCAGGGGGAGGGAGCCGGGCAGCAGCACACAGGAGGGGGAGGAGCAGGAGCAGAGGCCUGCUGGCGGGAUUGCAGGCGGCGCCGGCGGCGGCGGUGGCGAUGGCAGUAGCAGCGAUUCGGAGGUGUACAGCAACCCAGAUGACUUUUACGGGGCAGGCAGCGAUGGCAGUAGCAGCAGCGAUAGCGGUAGUGAGGAUGACGGCUCGCUCCCGCCGCCGCCGUUUGAGGAGGAUGCUGAGGGCGUCACGGAGGGCCCGGCUGUAGCAGCAGCAGCAGCGGCACACGAGCCCUCCGUGCAGCUCUCCCCCGCCCUUCAAGCCGCUCUCCUGUCCACACAGCCGCCGCCGACCGCCGCCGCGCCGCCAGCCGCUGCUACAGCCCCCAGCGAUCAAUCGGCGGCGGCGGCUGUAGCGGCGGCGCGAAUCGUGGCCUCAGACGCGCCACUGACGUUCGGGGACGCCGGCGGCGGCGCCGGCGGCGGCUCCCUCCAUCGUGAUGCCGCCGCCGCGCGCGCCGCCGGCGCCGCCGCCGACUUGGCGCCGGCGGGACCGACACGCGGGCCGGCGGCGGCGGCGGCCGACGCUGGCGCAGCGGCUGCUGCGGCUUUGCUGAAGAAGGCUGCAGAGGCCCAACAGCAGCAGCAGCAGCAGCAGGAGGCGGCUGGUGGCGGCGGCAGUAGCACGACUGCCGGCGGCGGCGGCGGCGGUGGUGGCGCUGCUGCUACUGCCGCCGUCAUGCGGCCGGUGAUGCCACGUGACCGGCACGGCCGUGUGAUGUGUGACCCGUACGUGGACGUGGAGGUGUGGCACCGCCGCUGGUUCCGGCCCCACCACCGCCUGGGGUCCGCCUCCCUACCCCUCAGCGCCCUUCUCACCGCGGCACUGCAGCAGCGGCUGGCCAGCAGCAAUGGCAGUAGCAGUGGCACCGGCGGCAGUAGCACCGGCGCUGGCGGCAGUAGCAUUAGCAUUAGCAGCGGUGGGGUGUUGGAUGUUUGGCUGCCGCUGAAAGGGCACGGCGCGCGGGUGGGGGCGGAGGUGCGCGUGCGGGUGCAGUUCCUGCCGUACCUGUGAAGUGGGCGCCGGUGGGUGGAACAUGGCAAUGGGGAGGAAGUCGGCGUGUGGAGCCUGGGGACGGAGCUACGGUGUCGCGAUGCGAUGACUUUUGAUGUGUGCCUGAUGCGGUGCGGUUGGUGUUUGCGGUGCUGGUUUGGGUUGCAGCGUAGGUCUCGGACGUUUUGUUGCGCUGGCGGUCGGCACGACGGUUGGUUGAUGGGUUGAAUGGGAGUGGCUGUGGGCGGAACGCCCGCCAAGAUGAGAUACGAUGAGAGGCACGGCCGAUGGCGCCGAGUUAAGCCAUCACCACGCCCAGUGUCUGGGGUGGGCUAGGUACUGCUACAGUGGCAGGGGACAACAGCCCCAAGCCGCGCGCCGGUGCCGGGUGAUUGGCGGUUUUGCAUCGUGUAAUCCGAGUAAGGG